AUGGCCACCUCAAUUGCGGCUUCUAAGCGGCCCUUGGUCCACUUGCCCUUCCUUCUCCCAUCAUGGUCCGACUCCCUUGCUGUGGGAUCUCGACGAUAUCAAUCCUCAUAUCGACGAACAAAGCAACGUCUUCGCGUCAAGCCAGAUGCCUCCUUCGGCUCUACGCAUCAAGGACGCGAUCAAAUCAUCUACAACCCGCCCUCCAGUGCUCCCUCUGUCUAUCAUACCCCCAGCAAGUUCCUGCCCCCCAACGAUGCCCGCAGGUCGAUGCGCAUCGAAGACUCCACAACAUCGGGCGCCACAACUGCCGUUGAACAGCUCCCCAACGUCUACCGCAGUGACCCCGAGCGAAAGUACCACUUGACCCCUAAAGACGUUGAGGAAAUCCGCAGCCUCCGAUUGAGUGACCCGAUGACCUGGAGUCGACACAAAUUGGCCAAGCGAUUUGAAUGCUCUCCUCUUUUCAUUGCCUUGGUCUGCGAGGCAAGCCCAGAGAAGAAGCAAAUUCAAAGACAGGUGUUGGAGGCGGUGCAAUCACAAUGGGGACCCAAGCGGCGGAUGGCCCGAGAGGAUCGGAAGUUGCGCCGGGAGGCAUGGGGGCGCGACGAGUGA